AUGGAGGCAAAUGAGCAGAUGGAAGUCCUGAUAAUGUUUGUUGAUAUGAUUAAGCAAUGGAUCGUCGUUCUGCUGAUAGCGUCUACCUGCGCUCAAGUCAUGCCGCAAGCAUCUUUCCCCUACCCGUACCAACAAGGGCAACCAAUGAUGCAGAUGUUAGGCGUACCCAAUGGUCAAUCACCCAUGCAGAUGGCUCAUCCUGGCUCUAUGCCGAUGGCCAAUGGCCCUAUGCCCCUCAUGAUGCCCCACAUGCCUCGUCUACCCGGCAUGCCCUCCGGUCCACCGCCCUUCCCCAUGCAGUUCCCUAUACAAGGGGGCAGGCUGCCCAUGGUAGUAGCACCACACCACUCAAAGAAGGCAGACAGACCUCGGAAAAAGGGUCACAAGAACAAACGAAAGCGCGUCAACAUGGACUCCUCUUCCAGUGAUGGCUCAUGUUCAGAGAGUGCGGAGUUUCGCUCUAAAAACAAAUUGAGGUCCAAGAAGAAGAGGAAGCAUGAAGUCCUCACCCCUGUUGUCUCCUAUGUCACGAAGGAUGGCUACGUGGUCUACCAGAAGAAGAUCAAGAAGGACAAGGCGAAGGACUGGCUGGAAAUGACGAAGGGAGAACAUGACAGCGACGAGGAUACGAUAAGGUUUAAGCCACGUGACCACGACCAUUGA